CCACAGGGAAGGCAGCUGGCUCAGGGCAGACUGUACACACAGGUCUCUGAGGACAAGAGUGCCAGCUGGAUACAAGGAUCCAGAACUUUCUCCCACUGCCCAGUACCUUUCCAGACAGCCAACGCCUCGGGAUUCCCAAAGUCAUGAGGACUGCAGUGUUAGCUAUGGCUCUGCUGCUGCUGCUGUCCCAGGUCAUUCCAGGGAACCCUGAAAGGUGCUGGAAAUCACAAGGUGCCUGCCGCGAAGAAUGCACCAAGCACGAAAAGUUCUACAUCUUGUGCUGGAGUGGCAAAAUGUGCUGUGUGAAGUCCCAGAAGGUGCCACAGCUGUCCCAGGAUUUGGAUUAGCCCUGUAAAGCCCGAGGUGACAAAAAUGAAGGUGGACCCACCCGGAGUCUGACCUCGGCUGUUUCCCGAGCUUCAUUAAAGCAGCACUGUGUGA